UUACAAGAUGACCUCUUCAUCUCUCUACUCUCACAAUUUGACACUCCAUCCACCUGAUAAUUCAUCAAUCAUUUUCCAGUUGGUUGAAAUUGAAACCACACCUCAACCUUUACAUACACCAACAGAUUUGUAGAUUCGUCUGUGUGUGUGUGUUACCGGGUGAGAUGAGGACGGCCUUAGGCGGCGGCGGUGGUGGUGUUGGUGGAGAAGCAUGGAAGGCACACGUGGCGAUGGCGUUGGUACAAUUGUUUAAUGGAGGAUAUCAUGUGAUCACGAAAGUUGCUCUAAAUGUUGGAGUCAGCGAGAUUGUUUUCUGUGUGUAUCGUGAUGUCAUUGCCCUCUCUAUCCUCGCUCCUGUUGCAUAUUUCUGUGAAAAGAGAACUAGACCAGCUAUGACCAGGCGCUUUCUCAUGUAUUUCUUCUUUCUUGGGUUGACUGGGAUAUUUGGAAACCAGCUUUUGUUUCUUGUUGGUCUUGGCUACACAAAUCCAACAUACGCUGCAGCCAUUCAACCUUCAAUUCCUGUCUUCACAUUUAUACUUGCUGCAAUGAUGGGUACAGAAACAGUGAAUGUGCUCAAGACUGAAGGUCAGGCAAAGGUUGGAGGGACCCUUGUUUGCGUUUCUGGUGCCAUUCUAAUGGUUCUGUUCCGAGGACCUGCUCUUCUGGGGUAUGCAGACAAUGUACCUAGGCAACAUAAUGAAAUAAGUGCAAGUGGUCAACCAGGGCCUGCUGGAUGGAUGUUCUCUAAUUUAGCGAGUUUCGGGAUUGAUAACUGGCACCUUGGUGUCCUAUGCUUAAUAGGGAACUGCAUAUGCAUGGCAGCCUUUCUAGCUAUUCAGGCUCCGGUGUUGGCCACUUAUUCUGCAAACCUAUCCGUUACAGCAUAUUCGUACUUUUUUGGUACUCUUUUUAUGGUAGCGACAGCAGUUUCCAUGAACAAUGAUUCAACAAACUGGAAUUUGACACAGUCUGAGGUUUGGGCAGUAAUUUAUGCUGGAAUUGUUGCAUCUGCAUUGAACUAUGGACUUUUAACAUGGUCCAACAAGAUCUUGGGACCUGCUUUGGUUGCUCUUUACAAUCCACUUCAACCUGCUGCAUCUGCUAUUUUGUCAAGAAUUUUCCUUGGAAGCCCUAUAUAUUUGGGAAGCAUUUUAGGAGGAUUGUUGAUCAUAAUGGGGUUAUAUCUCGUGACUUGGGCAUCGUAUUGGGAAAAACGACAGGCGACUUCAAGCGUCGGCCGUUCUCGGACGUCGGAGCCACUGAUGGAUCAGAUCUUGUCUGGGCCUUCACCAUCGGUACCUAAGACCAUGGAUUAGCCAAGAUGUGGAACCCCAGUUGUUCUUGUUUGUUUAACACUAUGUAAAAAUAUGGGAGUAGGAGUAGGAAUUUUGGUAUUACAGAAGUGGUUGAAAUAGAAAAUAUAUUCUUCUGCCCAUUGGAGUUUGCUUAUUUCAUAAAUACAUAUCGAAUAUCCAUGGAAAAA